CUAUAAAUAAGUCGAAGAAAGCAUGGUCCUCGAAAUGUCCUCAGCAAUUCGAUCUCUCCCUGUCGUGCGUUACUGAAGUUUGAUUGUCUUCUACUUUUUUUGGAAUCAUUUGUCCAUCUGAUCUGAUCCCAAAAUCCUGGUUUCCCCAUCGGAUGGAGUCUUCUUUCGUCUCCUCCUCCCAUCUCUCCCUUGUCUCCAGGGCCAAGACGGUCUUCCACUCCGCCGCGGCCAAAGCUGAGAAGGUUCUGACUGACAUCAAAGCCGAUUUGAAGAGCGAUCGAGGCGAUGGGCAGUCCCAAAAGGGUCCAAGGAGAUCUACGGACCGAGAAACUGUUGCAUCUGAUGCUUCUGAUAAACCCCAGCAAGAGGUUUUGGAGAGAGACUUCACCAGAGAGGAAGAUGGCUCAAACACAUCAAGAAUGUGGACCAUUCCUUCGGUUUCUGUAAUUAAACAGCUGGCUUCGGCUAUUGAGAGUGGAAAAAAUUUUAAAUCUAUGAAUGAUCUUUUGACACUUGCGGGAGAUCCUUCACCAAUCAAAGAGAAGACUGGCUUAAGCUUGUCUGUUGUAAAAUCAUUAGUUCUUCGUGAAAGGGAAGAGAAACUGAGUUCUGAGUUCUGCGGUGACGAGGAAUUCCAUUCUUUGAUAUGCUCUCUGUUUAAGUCAGAUGUUCGCAGAGGAACAUUGCCCCCAAGGAAUAACGGAUUGUGCUCGGAGAUUCUUCCUACAACCACCUUGCUGAAGGAUCUCCAUGGUGCGCCACCAGAAAGUUUUGUUGUUCAACUCUCUCAAAUUAUUGGGGCCUUUAAAUCUUUGCAAAAGAUGGCAUCAUUUUGGCGGCUUGUCAUUGUUGAACUGAGGAAAUCAUGGUCAAAAGGACAACCAGUACCUCGAAUGCCAUCAGAUGCAUAUCCUGACUUGAAUUCCUGUCUCCUGCAUCAGAAGUUACAAGUUAUUAAUUGUUGUAUUGCCAGGAAACAGCGCCGAACUAUUGCCAAAGAGUCACUGGAUUCUGUACUGAAAGAAACCAGUCUUGACAGCAUACAUUUAUCUGAUCAUCAAGGGAAACUGUCUCCAAAUUGCAACAUUUAUGUUAGAACCAGUAUGGGAGAGUAUGUUCUUAGACUUGGUGCUAUUCAUCCAUGUGAAAAUUUAACUAUGUUAGAAACCGAUGAACCCAUAUACUCCCCAGUUACGCAGGAGGGUCCAGUACUAACAGAGGAACUUAUCAAAGAAACAGAAGAAUUCGUGAUGCGUACUGGGAGUGUUGGUGCUGGGUGUUCUCAACUCCUUUCUGACAUGCAAGCUUUCAAGGCUGCAAAUCCUGGGUGUAUUCUGGAAGACUUUAUAAGAUGGCACUCUCCGCCAGACUGGAUGGAAAUGGUGUCAGAUGAUCAGGCUAAUGAUUCAGUUGAUGGAGAAGGCUCAUCUAGACAAGGCCAGCUAAGUAGAAGAAUGCAAAAAGAAGGUAAUUUGUGGCGUGAACUAUGGGAAACUGCCAAAGCAUUGCCUGCUGUCAAACAAACACCACUCUUUGAUGAGGAUUUGGCAGUUGAAAGCAUCUUAAGCACCUUGGAGGACAUCUCACCAUCCGAGCUCUUUGAGCAGCUCUACAUCUCUGUGCUUUGUGCUGGCAUUCUAGCAGCAGAAGCAGCACUUCCUGUGGAUCGUAACCUCUCAAAACUAUUCUAUGAGUGCAAAGACUAUGUUAUUGCGACUUAUCAAAGCGGCAUGUUAAACGAGAAGUUAGAUGAUCUCUGUAAGGUGUAUGAAACCAUAGAGGCAAUAGUGGUCCAUCCAGAAGAAACCAUCAUGGUCAUGGAGCAGCCAGAUGAAACAAGACCAGCGGAACUAAAAAGCCGUUUAAAGAAAUUUGGCCUGAAUUUUGUUGGCAAAGACAGACAACCAUUCCAGAAGAGAAGCUCACGGGAUGAGAAGAAAUCAGAGGAAAAACAUAAGCAUGUAUUGUCUCAACUGUUUGACAAAAAGUCAUAUAUAUUUCCUAGAAAGAAUCCAAAAUUCGAAGCAAUUCCAUCUACUUCUGCUCCUUCAGAUGACUGGACAAUCGUGUAAAGAUUAUACUUUUCACAGUUUUUUUUUACAUUUCAUAGGUCAUAAAAGAUUAUCUUGUACAUAACAUGUGAAUGCUUUGAUUUAAUUUAUUGAUCCGGUCAAUGAAAAGAAAGGAAAAGGAAAGGAAAAAUAAGAUAACAGCGAAGCCUGUUUCUGUCAUUUUGUUCCUUCUCAGCAAAGCUUAUAU